AUGGCAGCAGUAUGUACAAUCAUCUCUGCUGCAGACUGUCUUUUGCCAUAUCUUAGUGCUAUGUUGCCUCUUAGUGCUCCUGCAUCCUUCUCAGGUAACUACACCAGUAACAGUACAUACAGAGUAAAUCUCAACACCGUCCUGGCGUCUAUGUCUUCCAAUACCAAAAUCAGAUACGGGUUUUAUAAUUUAUCCGUCGGAGAAAAUUCCGACCAAGUAAACGCGAAUGCACUUUGUAGAGGAGACAUUGGGACAGACGAAUGCCGACGUUGUGUAAAUGCGUCAAGUCACGAUCUAUUGCAGUAUUGUCCAAACCAGAAGGAGGCGAUCAUAUGGUACGCGAAAUGUAUGGUUCGAUACUCCAACAGAUAUAUAUUUGGUGUUUUGGAAGCCAACCCUUUAUAUUCCUUCUACAACACACGAAACCCCUCAGAUGUAGAUGGGUUCACACAGGUUCUACGUCCCUUGUUAGAGAGGCUAAAAAACCUCGCCGCAGCAGGAAGUUCUACUCGCAAAUUUGCUGUGGGAAGUGAGACUGCCCAAGACUCCCAAACAAUACAUGCACUUCUUAUGUGCACCCCUGAUUUGGAUGAACUCGAUUGCAAGAGCUGCCUGGAGCAGACCACGGCAGAGGUAUUUUCAUGCUGUUAUGGAAAGCAGGGAGGGAGAUAUAUAUCACCCAGCUGUGAUUUAAGGUAUGAGACUUAUACUUUCUACGACCCCAUAGCUGAGGCACCACCGCCGUCGCUACUGCCGCCAUCAUCCCCUCCAACAGAAGGAAAGGAAGGUAACCCAUCUCGAACUACAAUCGCUAUAGUUGUGUCAGCUAUUGGUUCUCUAGUACUGAUUAUAAUCGGAAUCUUCAUCUUCUAUUCAAGGGUGAUCAAGAAAACAGGAGAGAAAGUUAAAAGUAAGUUCAAUAAUCCCAAUCACGCCAUUCACUAGUCCUUCUAGAAUUUGAGCCCAGAUGUAACUUAGGUCUUGCUUGGGACUUUACAAAUUAAAUGG